CAAAGACACUGCUACACAAACCCUUGUACACGCAUAAAUCCAAAUAAAUGAAAACAUACUUCUGUGCUCCUCUCCUACAGGUGCCCGGCAGUAUGAUGGACAUGAACGUUUUAAUGGCCUGUCAGCUGCUGCUGGAGCAGGUUUUCAAUGAGGGAAACAGCCCACUUCUACAGCAACUCUACCAGCACCUGCUCUUUGAUUUCCGCAUCUGGACUAAAAGCCAUUUCGCUGUUUGUCUGGCCCAUGUGCAGUACCUGGCGUCUGUGCUAAACAAAGGCAAGCAGCGCAUGAAGAGGAAGUACGGGGUCCAAUAUAUUCUGGAUACCAUUCGCACGUACUACAG